ACUGACAGUUAAAUAGAGAAGGAGACCAUGGCCAUCAAAGAGGAUAUAGAGAGAGGUAACGACUGUGUGCAUGAAGAGGUAAGCGUACCUCUUUUGCAAGAAAAGAAAAACAUGGCCGAUGAGGAAGAUGGAUAUACAGAUAAGACAAGCAGCAAAGCAAGUUUAUGGAUGGUUUACCUCAGCACCGUUGUUGCAGUAUGUGGUUCAUUUGAGUUUGGAUCCUGUGCAGGCUAUUCGUCACCAACUCAGACUGCCAUUAGGGAGGAUCUCUCUCUGACUCUAGCAGAGUAUUCAGUGUUUGGUUCUAUACUGACUUUUGGUGCAAUGAUUGGUGCAAUCACAAGUGGACCAAUUGCUGAUUUUAUUGGUAGGAAAGGGGCAAUGAGAACAGCUACUGGCUUUUGUGUCGGAGGGUGGCUUGCUAUUUACUUUGCUAAGGGGGCUUUGGCUUUGGACAUUGGAAGACUGGCAACAGGAUAUGGAAUGGGGGUCUUCUCAUAUGUGGUACCAGUAUUUAUCGCUGAAAUUGCACCAAAGAAUCUUCGAGGAGCACUAACAACUAUAAAUCAGCUUAUGAUCUGUAGUGGAGUAUCUGUCGCCUUCAUAAUAGGGACAGUUCUAACUUGGAGGGCUUUAGCAUUAACAGGACUUAUUCCUUGUGCAAUUCUAGUCUUUGGACUCUUUUUCAUUCCAGAGUCUCCCAGAUGGCUGGCAAAGAUAGGACGUGAAAAAGAAUUUGAAGCUGCACUACAAGACCUUCGUGGCAAGGAUACUGAUAUAUCAAAGGAGGCAGCUGAGAUUCGGGACUAUAUAGAGACUCUCGAACGGCUUCCAAAAGCCAAAAUGCUGGAUUUGUUUCAACGAAGAUACUUACGCUCAGUCACUAUAGGAGUUGGAUUAAUGGUCUUUCAACAAUUUGGGGGGAUCAAUGGAAUCUGCUUUUAUGUCAGCAAUAUUUUCGAGUCGGCAGGAUUUUCUGCCACUAUUGGGACAAUAACUUAUGCUAUUCUUCAGGUUGUGGUCACUGGCCUUAAUGCAACUGUGAUUGAUAAAGCUGGAAGAAAGCCUCUAUUACUGGUUUCUUCAACGGGAUUGGUCCUUGGCUGUGUACUAUCUGGGAUUUCAUUCUAUUUUAAGGAUCAUAAUUUGGCACUCAAUUCAGUUCCCAUUCUUGCUGUAACAGGCAUAUUGAUAUACAUAGGUGCCUUUUCAGCUGGGAUGGGUGCAGUUCCUUGGGUUGUAAUGUCUGAGAUAUUCCCAAUAAAUAUUAAAGGAGUGGCUGGAAGCCUAGCAACACUAGUGAACUGGUUUGGUGCAUGGGCAGUUUCUUACACUUUCAACUUUCUUAUGACCUGGAGCUCCUAUGGUACCUUCAUUCUUUAUGCUGCAAUCAAUGCACUGGCUAUAUUGUUUGCGGUCACAGUGGUACCUGAAACGAAGGGGAAAACCUUGGAACAAAUUCAGUCAGCCAUAAAUGCAUAGAGAAUCAAGCCGCUCAUUCUUCAGUGAAGCGGUUAUCUUGAGACCUAAAAGAUGCUUCCUAGCAAUAAAUAGCAUUUACUGAUGGUUUCAAAAUCAAGCAAAAUGGAUGCUAAAUUUGGGUAAUACAAUUAUUUUAUAAUGGAAAUGAGAUUUUAUAAACACUGAUGGAGUACAAAUAAAAAGGCAGCAUCUCUUCGCAGAAAAGAAAGCAAAUGACAAAUAGACAUCAAGCUCUAUUUGCUUUUCUAUGAAAUGAAUUGCCAAUGAGAAGUUAUUCAACAUUCAAAAUGUUAUAAAAUUAGAGUAUUUUGUUUGUAAUUAUUUUUUCUGUUUGAUUUUAAUAAAAUUAUUAGUGAAUCACGGUCAUGGAUCCCUACAUUCAAGGUGGAAAAUUGUAGGCAACUUAAAGAACAAUUAUCCUUAGUUCUUUUUAUUCAAUCUAUAAUAAAGGAA